AUGAGAGAAAAAAAGUUUGUGAAAAAUUGCCACCGUAAUCGAGAACGAGAGACCCGUAAAUUGGUCCGAAAAUUGUAUCAUUCGUGCGUGUGUUUUUACCCGUAAAUGCUACGCCAUACAGCGUGGCAGUGUGUUGUGCGAUUAGCCUGUUAGUGUAGCGAUUAACGAAGGAGGAAAAGCUGGUGAAAGUUGUGCGUGUCGUAGGCAGCGAACAGAAACGCAGACGUGUUGGGUUCUGCCGUGCCGUCUGCUGACCGUCUUGCCACACUGCACUUCGGGUCACUCCCAUAUUCCCCGUUGCACCUGACCGGAGCUGCACCGCCGUCUUCAGAUAUCGGAUCGGAUUACCCCCCACCCCUUUCUUUGCCAAGUGUCCAACUAGCGUCAUUUCCACACGAAGCAUCCGUCCAACAAAAAAAAACCUUACCACGUAUGACGACGAUUGUCCGAUUGUUUGACGACGGGUGAAUCAAACUCCUAGCUAGGGUAACAACACGGGGGCGAUGGCGAAUGAUGGGGAGGCUUUGAUACGUUUGCUAAGAUGAACCAUUGAUACCAUCCGAAACAGACGGACUAAAGGUAAAGUAGGUGAGUCUAGCCGGUGGUACGAAUCGGAAAUCGGAGCGAAGGUUAACAUCGUCCUCGACGUCGUGGGUUUUCUUUUGUGACAUCCACACAGCUCGUAAAAGUGUCGGUGGGUUGAAAGGCACCAUCAACCAAAACGAAGAAAAACAGCGAACAUCCGGUGUGUUUGUGAGUGAGUGUUUGAUGCAUACGGUAGCGUCCGGGCAUUUCGGGGGGUAAAAAGUGCCAUCGAGGUGCGAGGACACACCACCACCACCACCACCACCGAUCGGCCCUAAACGGAACGGAACUAUGCAAACUGUGGCCGGCGGUGGAGCAAACACGACCAACACUAGCAGCAGUAGCAGCAACACGACGAAGGGACCGAGCGGCACGACGGGUCCGUCGGUGGCCACCAGCGCCAACAGUAGCGGAACGACGACGAAGGCGACGACGGUAACGACAAAAACGAAAGAAAUGUUCAUCCUACGAGCGCUCGAGAAGAUCCUGAGCGAUAAGGACAUCAAACGGUCACACCAUCUGCAGCUGAAGCGGGCCUGCGAUGUGGCACUCGAGGACAUCAAGGAGGAGCUGAAACAGGCGGGGCACACAGACACCAAUGGCGAAACGCCCGUCCCGUCGGCGGCGCUGCCCCUGCCGAAGAACGAUUCCGGCAACAUCAUCAACGCGGAGAAGUACUUUCUGCCGUUCGAGCUCGCCUGCCAGAGCCGCACGCCGCGCAUCGUCGUGACGGCGCUCGACUGUCUGCAGAAGCUGAUCGCCUACGGCCACCUGACCGGCAACAUUCCCGACUCGUCCAAUCCGGGCAAGUUUCUGAUCGACCGGAUCGUCACGACCAUAUGCAACUGCUUCAUGGGCCCGCAGACGGACGAGGGUGUGCAGCUGCAGAUCAUCAAGGCGCUGCUGACGGUCGUCACCUCGCAGCACGUGGAGGUGCACGAGGGCACGGUGCUGCAGGGCGUGCGGACGUGCUACGACAUCUAUUUGUCGAGCAAGAACCUGAUCAACCAAACGACGGCCCGGGCGACGCUCACCCAGAUGCUGAAUGUGAUCUUCACGCGCAUGGAACAUCAAGCAUUUGAGGCGAUCGCGGCGGCAAACUCGUCCGCUGGGGCGGCCGUUGGGAGUAACAGCAGUACGACGCUGCAGGGCGCGUCACCAAACGCCAGUGCGACGGGCGCAACUGUCGGACCGGACGAAUCUCCCACCAAACCGACGGAAGCGGAGAAACAUCCCGACUAUGACGCGGUACGGGCGAUCGUGGAGGAAAUCGUGGACAGUGUGAUAGCGCAAGCCGCGGCUGUAAACGGUGCACAGGAGUCGGAACACACCGUUGACGGCGUGGGACUGACGAGCAGUGUAAGCGAGCCGGCAAUAAACCACGAAACGAGCGAAACGGCCAGCAUCGGGGGCAUCUCGAACGGGGGUACCGAUACGACCUCCAUCGCACGUGUGCCGUCCCAGGAAAGCAUGGAGGUGACGAGUGAGAAUGACAGCAUCGUGACGGCCAAGUUUACGCACAUCCUGCAGAAGGACGCGUUUCUGGUGUUUCGAGCGCUGUGCAAGCUGUCGAUGAAACCGCUCCCCGAGGGCCACCCCGAUCCGAAGUCGCACGAGCUUCGGUCGAAGAUUCUUUCCCUCCAUCUGCUGCUGUCGAUCCUGCAGAACGCCGGGCCGGUGUUUCGCUCGAACGAAAUGUUCAUCAUGGCAAUCAAGCAGUACCUGUGCGUGGCACUGUCCAAGAACGGUGGCAGUGCCGUGCCGGAGGUGUUCGAGCUGUCGCUGUCGAUCUUCGUCGCGCUGCUGUCCAACUUUAAGACGCACCUGAAGAAGCAGAUCGAGGUGUUUUUCAAGGAAAUUUUCCUCAACAUUCUCGAGGCGCCCAGCUCGUCGUUCGAGCACAAGUGGAUGGUGAUCCAGGCGCUGACGCGUAUCUGUGCGGACGCGCAAAGCGUGGUCGACAUUUACGUCAACUACGACUGCGACUUUUCCGCCGCCAAUCUGUUCGAGCGGCUGGUGAACGACCUGUCCAAGAUCGGGCAGGGCCGGCAGGCGCUCGAGCUCGGCACGUCCGUGAACCAGGAGAAAUCGAUGCGCAUCCGCGGGCUGGAAUGUUUGGUCUCGAUCCUGAAGUGCAUGGUGGAGUGGAGCAAGGAUCUGUACGUGAAUCCCAACUCGCAAACCACGCUCGGCGAUCCGCCGUCGGGCGGUAUCGGAGCCGUGGAGCGGAAGGGCAGCUCGAUGAACACGAGUGUCGGUUCGCCCGUCGAUGAACCGUCGUCCCACGAGAUGGCACUGAAAUCGCACGGUGGAUCGAGCGUGAGCAUCAACUCGCUGGGCAGCACCAACACCUCCGGCGGCAAUCGCGAGGUGCUCGACCUGCCCGAAGAGCUGGAAGAGCGCAAGCAGCGCAAGGAGGUGAUGGAGACGGGCAUCGACAUGUUCAACCGGAAGCCGAAGAAGGGCAUUGCGUUUCUGCAGGAGCGCGGUCUGCUCGGCACGAACGUGGAGGACGUGGCCCGGUGGCUGCACGAGGACGAGCGGCUGGACAAAACGCAGAUCGGCGACUAUCUGGGCGAGAACGACGAGCAGAGCAAGUCGGUGAUGUGCGGGUACAUCGACGCGAUGAACUUUGCCGAGCUGGACAUCGUGGCGGCGCUGCGCUACUUCCUCGAGGGCUUCCGGUUGCCGGGCGAGGCGCAGAAGAUCGACCGGCUGAUGGAGAAGUUUGCGUCGCGGUACUGCGACUGCAACCCGAACAACACGCUCUUCGCCAGCGCCGACACGGUGUACGUGCUGGCGUUCUCUGUGAUAAUGCUGACGACGGAUCUGCACUCGCCGCAGGUGAAGCACAAGAUGACCAAGGAGCAGUACAUCAAGAUGAACCGGGGCAUCAGCGACAACAAGGAUCUGCCGGAGGAGUACCUGUCGCAGAUCUACGACGAGAUAGCGGGGCACGAGAUCAAGAUGAAGAACACGGUCGCGAACAAACCGGCCGGCAAGCAGAUCAUCGUGAACGAGAAGAAGCGCAAGCUGCUGUGGAACCUGGAGAUGGAGGCGCUCUCGACGACGGCCAAAAAUCUGAUGGAAUCGGUAUCGCACGUGAAGGCGUCCUUUACCUCGGCGAAGCAUCUGGAGCACGUGCGGCCGAUGUUCAAGAUGGCGUGGACCUCCUUUCUGGCCGCGUUCUCCGUCGGACUGCAGGACUGUGACGAUCCGGAAAUAGCGUCGCUCUGCCUCGAUGGCAUCCGGUGCGCGGUGCGCAUUGCGUGCAUCUUUCACAUGAGCCUGGAGCGCGACGCGUACGUGCAGGCACUGGCCCGCUUCACGCUGCUGACCGCCAACUCGCCGAUCAACGAGAUGAAGGCGAAAAACAUCGACACCAUCAAGACGCUCAUCAUGGUGGCGCACACGGACGGCAACUAUCUCGGCUCGAGCUGGUUAGACAUCGUGAAGUGCAUCUCGCACCUGGAGCUGGCCCAGCUGAUCGGCACCGGCGUACGGCCGGAAUUCCUGUCCGGCCCUGCAUCGCACCGGGACACACUGGACCCGAGCGCGAAGGAGCACAUCGGCGAAACGAGCUCACAGAGCAUCGUCGUCGCGGUCGAUCGCAUCUUUACCGGCUCGAUCCGGCUCGACGGUGACGCGAUCGUGGACUUUGUCAAGGCACUCUGCCAGGUGUCGCUGGACGAGCUGACGCGCCCGCAGCCGCGCAUGUUCUCGCUGCAGAAGAUAGUGGAGAUUUCGUACUACAACAUGGGGCGCAUCCGACUACAGUGGUCCCGCAUCUGGCAGAUACUGGGCGAGCACUUUAACGCGGUCGGCUGCAACACGAACGAGGAGAUUGCGUUCUUUGCCCUCGACUCGCUGCGCCAGCUGUCGAUGAAGUUCAUCGAGAAGGGCGAGUUCACGAACUUCCGCUUCCAGAAGGACUUCCUGCGCCCGUUCGAGCACAUCAUGAAGAAGAACAACUCGCCCGCGAUCCGCGACAUGGUGGUGCGGUGCGUGGCGCAGAUGGUCAACUCCCAGGCGCACAACAUCAAGUCGGGCUGGAAGAACAUCUUCUCCGUGUUCCAUCUGGCGGCGGGCGACCACGACGAGGCGAUCGUCGAGCUGGCCUUCCUGACGACGGGCAAGAUCAUUACCGAGCUGUACCAGAGCCAGUUCCACAUCAUGAUCGACUCGUUCCAGGACGCGGUCAAGUGCCUGUCGGAGUUUGCGUGCAACGCGCGCUUCCCCGACACGAGCAUGGAGGCGAUCCGGCUGGUGCGGACGUGCGCCAUCUGCGUGAACGAUUCGCCCAACCUGUUCGCCGAGCAUGCCGGCAUGGAGAACGACGUGUCGGUGCCGGAGGAGGACCGGGUGUGGGUGCGCGGCUGGUUCCCGAUGCUGUUCUCGCUGUCGUGCGUGGUGAACCGCUGCAAGCUGGACGUGCGGACGCGCGGCCUCACCGUCCUGUUCGAGAUCGUGAAGACGCACGGCGACGCGUUCCGGGCGAACUGGUGGCGCGAUCUGUUCAACGUGCUGUUCCGCAUCUUCGACAACAUGAAGCUGCCCGAGCACCAGCCGGAGAAGGCCGAAUGGAUGACGACCACGUGCAAUCACGCGCUGUAUGCGAUCAUCGACGUGUUUACGCAGUACUUCGACGUGCUCGGGCCGAUGCUGCUGGCCGAUCUGUACUGCCAGCUGCACUGGUGCGUGCAGCAGAACAACGAGCAGCUGGCCCGCUCCGGCACGAACUGUCUGGAGAAUCUGGUCAUCUCGAACGGGCUGAAGUUUAGCGAGGACACGUGGGGCAAGACGUGCCAGUGCAUGCUGGACAUCUUCAACAGUACGCUACCGAACGAGCUGCUCACCUGGAAGCCGGACCCGCUGCCACAAUCGAUCGGUGGUGGUGGUGGUGGCGUUGCGCAAACAAACCAAGCCGCAUCGCCACGUGUGCAGGAGAAUGGAGACCUGCCCCGACACGGCAUUCUAAAGCGCUCCGGUUCGCAACAUUCCAUGCACGGGCAGGACGGCCAUGGGGGAGCAGGUGAGCAGGGCGGUGUGACGGCAGGCAGUGCCGCCAACACGUCCGUCCUCUUCUCCAACCUGCUGAUCAAAUGCGUCGUCCAGCUCGAGCUGAUACAAACGAUCGACAAUAUCGUAUUCUUUCCCGCCACCUCGCGCAAGGAGGACGCGGAAACGCUCGCCCAGGCAACGGCGGAGCUGAGCGCGAUCCACCAGCAGCACGCCUCGUCCUACCCUUCCUCCCUGUCCGGCGAGGAGUGCCAGCGGGAGGAGCAGGGCAUGUACAGCUACCUGAACACGCCGCACCUGCUGCAGCUGGUGGACUGCUUGCUGCAGAGCCACCGAUUUGCCAAGCAGUUCAACUCGAACAACGACCAGCGAACGGUGCUGUGGAAGGCCGGCUUCAAGGGUUCGCUCAAGCCGAACCUGCUGAAGCAGGAAACGCAAUCGCUCGCCUGCGUGCUGCGCAUACUGUUCAAGAUGUACAGCGACGAGAACCGGCGGCGCGACUGGCAGGACAUCGAGAAGCGGCUGAUCGGCGUGUGUACGGAGGCGCUCGAUUACUUCCUCUCGCUGCCGAGCGAACCGCACCGGGACGCGUGGACCUCGCUGCUGCUACUGGUAAUGACACGGUUGCUGAAAAUGUCGGACGCAAGGUUUGCGGCCCACAUCGCCAGCUAUUACGUGUUUCUGUGCGAUCUAACGUGCGUGGAUCUGAAGCCGGAACUGCGGACCGUGCUGCGGCGCGUGUUUCUCCGCAUUAGCCCAGUGUUUGGAAUCUCGAGUGCCAGUGCGUCCGGUGCGAACGGCAACAGUAGCACCGUGCCGAUGGCAGCUACCUAGUAUCGGCGGCACGGUUCAGUCAGCCGCACUACGACCGCAGCACCGCACCAUCAGUGGCAGUACUACGCAUCGCCGCCAGUGCUGUACCACCAACAAUACCGCGCCGGUUAUUUCACACCGUCGUCCGCCGGCGGCUGCCAGUGUUAUCGUUGGCGUGCGCUCGCGCUCAGUGGCCAAAACGGUGGCCACUUCCGCUCCUUCCCGUCCUCGCCGGAGCGACAGCGCGGUGGUGGUGGUGGCAGCAGUCGGUCGGCUUACCAACGGCGGGCUUCAACGGCGGGUGUGUUGGGCGCGUUCAGCAUCGGUGGCUCCAGGGCGGCGGGACACCACCCGGCAGCGGUGCGCAGUAGCAAUAGAGGCAACAGUAGUAGCAGUAGCAGCAAUAGCAAUAGCAUCAAAAAUAUCAUUCACACUACCUCUAGCAAUAAUGGCAGCGAACGUGUCCGUCGCUCUUCCGGUGCGGCUGCUUUUCCCGCUGCUGCACCUACACCGGCACCGCGUUUUACAUCGCUCGUUUCGUCCUUCACACGGCGCUCUGUUCCCACUUCGGCUUCCCGUUCUUCUUCGCCUUUUAAUCCAGGUUCACCUUAUUCGGUAAAUGCAACUAACCCUACCAUCGCUGGUAGGACGGCGACAGGGCGUAAGAACAGUUCCCCGUGGACGAACAAUCGGAUACUGUAGUGUGUGAAACGAUCAGCAGAUCGAUGCACUUAGUGCACCUUUUUAUUGCAACUCCACGCAAUGCACGGCAUUCCAGCACGCUGCAUCAAAGGAGGAAACAUUUCCCCGUUGAUUGAACAUUUUUAAGAAGAAGAAAAAAACAAAUCCAAAGUUUGUGAUGCAAUUCCUCCCGGCCCGAAAUGAAGAUCGCAAACCUGUAAGACGGCUUGAAAGCUUUCCAACGUAGAGGUACUGUGUGUAUGUGUCUUAUCUUAUGUUCACCACUUUCAUAAUUUUAGAACCGGCUGUUUCUUCUGUUGUUGUUUUUUUACUACUUGCAUGACAGGCCUCUGCAAACACAUAAUUAGAUCCGUUUAGAACGAUGCUCUGCUAGUAAGAGAAAGGAGGGGGGUUGUCUUUUGUACAUAGCUAAACAGGAGGAUAGUUUACUUUAACGAAAUUAACACACAACACUCGGUUGCUGUUUGCUUUUUGAGAGCAAACUUCCUUUUCUGCACCUUCGAAAGCAAUUUUGGGUAGACUGGGGGAGAGUAACAUACGCAAAGGGCAAACGUCACACGGCGGGAUAUCUUAGCAAAAGAAAGCCCUGUGUGUUUGGCGAUGUGUAGUACGAAAGAAAAGAAACUCAAAAUAGGAAACGGAACGCAGUGUCGUCGCGAAAGUAACAUUAUUUAAUCAGUAAAGUUAGAGAACAAAACAAAAACAGAUAGAAAUUAAAUGAAAUAGAUCAGAUAGCAAGAAAUGAUUAUUAAAAAAAUUACAAAUAAUUAAACAAAACAGGCACAACUCUUCAAACGGUUGUGCGUGAUUAAUGCAUAGAUAAAAACGAAGCAAAAAGAAGCAUACUAAACUAGCAAAUCGCUUUUGUAAACAGGGACACACGGCGCGCACGUGCGACGGAUGAGAUUUCAGUGCAAAUGGAACAGUUUUUUUUUGUGGAAAUAGUAUCAAAUCCUGCUAAAGGGCUUACUACAUAUAGUAUAGGAGCGGGGAGAGUGUUGGUUCGACAUCCGGUUCCGUCAGUUUGAUCGGUGUAAUAUGGGCGGCACCGUGCAUGUGUUUCGGUUGAUAGGAAUUAUGUUACAUUUUGGCAUUUCCAAGCACUCGGCACAGCAGCUCUAACGUAAGAUGGGAUUGGUCCAGAAAUAUGUAGAGCAAAUAACACAAAAAAAAACAUGAGACAAAUGAAUGAUGUACGUUGGUAGCAUUAUACUCUGUGAUCGAUGCCGAGGCAACAACAAAAAGAAAAAACGUACUGCAAUGAAGCGUCGAUAUAUAGAAGGUGAUAAACUAAUCAUUUAUUUGUUAUGUGAAAUUAUUAUCGAAAGAGAAUAUACAGUAUAUAUAGAGUAUAAUGUA